AAACUGGUAAAGAAGAGAAGAAAAAGAAAAACGCGUUUUUUGGUAUCCUGCUUCCUUAUCUAUACUUGCUCUGAUAUGAUUUGAUUUGAUAUGCACAAAUAAUUUCCUUUUUUGGGUUGCCUUGCCCGAUGAUCUCUUACCACUCACAUUAAAGAUCCUUCUUUAUGACUUAUGGGACCUUUGAAGCAGACAACUGGAAGCUUGUUUUCGAAGAGCUAUACAGCAGAAAAAGUCUUUUUUGUUGCCAUGGCAUUCAGGGGUUGUGACAUUUCUUGUUCCUGAAAGCUGCUUGUUGCCAUGUCAAGCAUGUCAAAAAUUAAUUUUAUUGUAUUCGUCGCGUCACCCGUUUUGGCCAAUUCCGAGCGGAAUGGCGGCUGUUCUCGCGAAGAGAUUCGCAAAGCUUUUCUCACACAAUUGCAACCAGCACAAUGUAAAGACUCCUGGCAACACGUACAUACCAGGCCCUUGUCUUUCUGCGGCUCUGUGGCUAAGUUACGAUACUUUUCGUGCAGGGUCUCCAUUGUACUUUGCUAUCAUACUCGGCCUCCAUAUGCACAGACCGUUCGUGCUGGCCGUGAAAAUAAAAUUGGGGGUGUAGGGAGUGUGUGGGGGG